AUGGGGAAACAAGAGUUGUCAAUUGGUGAAAGAUGUGAGAGUUUAGGAACAGUGGAGCACGAGUUUCUGCAUGCGCUGGGUUUCUGGCACGAGCAGUCCAGAUCUGACAGAGACGACUACGUCACCAUUGUGUGGGACCAGAUUAAAAAGGGUAAAGAGCACAACUUUAUUUCAUAUGAUGAAACUGUGUCAAGCUCUCUCGGUGUGCCCUAUGAUUAUGGUUCAGUCAUGCACUACAGUAAGACAUCCUUCAGCAAUGCCAGUGAACCAACCAUCGUUACCAAAAUACCAGAAUUCUUGGAUGUGAUUGGUCAACGCAUGGAGUUUAGUGACAGUGACCUGCUCAAGCUGAACCGGCUAUACAAUUGUACUACAGCCUCAACUUUUCUGGACUCUUGCCAGUUUGAGGAGCCAAAUAUCUGUGGUAUGAUCCAGGGUGAUGGUGGAAAUGUCAAAUGGGCUCGUGUACAAAGAGUAAAGGGCGGUCCACAGACGGACUACACCAACCUGGGUCAAUGUCAAG